AUGCAUGGAAGAAGAAAACCAACUCAAAAUCGGCAAGGUGUCAACAUCAAAAUCAAAAUCAAAAUGACGUCUCAGUUUGCGGCCUCCAAACUCCAGUUUGCGGACUCCAAACUCCAGUUUGCAGACUCCAAACUCCAGUUUGCAGACUCCAAACUCCAGUUUGCAGACUCCAAACUCCUGUUUGCGGACUCCAAACUCCUGUUUGCGGACUCCAUCUGAUGGCUUACCUUUUGCCCUCAGCCCUUCAUUCAAUUCAAUCACAUUGGUUCCGGAGUCCCAGGGACGAAAAGCUCUUCAUUGUGGACCCAAUCAAUGGUACAAUAAGCCUAACUAACAAGAGAGUUAUAAUGAUCAACAUCAUCUGCAUCGUCAAUGCCAUCGUUUGAGCCUCUGAAAACACGAUAGAAAAUUUGCGUCCUUCCUUGCUGAUAGCCGUUUCGUUUCAAACUGUGGAACGACCGUCGGCAAAGGUACCGUACCAGUGGUUGAUUGUCGGAGGCUGCUUCCUGGCUGUCACUCAUCAGUGGCAAAGGCUUUGUGUCAUCGUCAUGCCGGGGUGUCCCAACGUAGAACGUGAAUGAUGUGUUGAACGGAAGAAGAAAGAUGUCUUCGAAUGGAAGAAGCUCGCGACCGAUGUUGCCAGCCUACCGGUACCGUAGGAUCGAAACAAGAGGAGCCUGUCAUGGUGGAGUAGUAGCAGCCGCUGAAAAGAAGAGGUAACAUCAUCUUGAUACAGUCAAGGUUUUGUCACAAACCAAAAUAUCAAGC